CACAGGCUAGCAUCCAAUGACCAACACUUUGGGGCCUAAAAUUACGACUGAAUUGUCGAUUUCUUGGUAAACUCGUUCAUUUUGAGUAGUUACGUGUCAACGUUUCUUCAGUAUUUGCAAUUUCUGAGGUCACAAAACACUCUAUUCUACUCAUAACGGUUUACCCCUAUCAGUACAUGAGUCAAAAUGGCGACGACCAUCGGUGAACAUUCGCCGGGCGACGAACUUUACAACGCUUUCAAGUACAUGAUCUUGUUCUCUUUGUGUUUUGCCUUCUUCUCAUGGAGGAACAUUGUGAAGAAGGGCCGUCCCCCGUGUAUGGACGGCUGGAUCCCGUGGUUCGGCUGCGCCAUCGACUUCGGAAAAGCCCCUCUUGACUUCAUCGAAGAGACAAAGCGGAAGCUGGGUCCAGUGUUCACCAUAGUUGCAGCAGGGAGGUGGAUGACAUUUGUCACAGAACCAGAAGACAUCACCACCUUCUUCCAGUCCCCAAACCUGGACUUCCAGAAAGCUGUACAGGAUCCAGUCUCACACACAGCCUCAGUGAGUACAGAGUCGUUCUUUCAGCACCACACAAAGAUCCACGACACGAUAAAAGGGCGCCUGGCGCCCGCAAACCUGCACAGCUUCUGUUCCAACCUGUGGGGGGAGUUCAAGCAACAGUUGGAACAGCUGGAGCAUCAUGGGAAGGAUGACCUCAACACACUAGUGAGGAGGUGCAUGUUUGCUGCAGUAGUCAACAACCUGUUUGGUGCAGAAAACGUGCCCACAGACAAGGACAGGAUACAGGAGUUCUCUGAUAUCUUUGUCAAGUAUGAUGCUGACUUUGAGUAUGGGUCUCAACUGCCACCAUUUUUCUUAAGGGAAUGGGCAGAGUCCAAAAAGUGGCUGUUGUCACUUUUUUCAAGAUCAAUAGCUAAUAUGGAGAGAAAGGAAACAGAAUCUCAAACUUUGCUGCAGUCUUUGACCAAAAUGGUGGACAGGCCCCAUGCACCUAACUAUGCACUCCUGAUGCUGUGGGCCUCACAGGCUAAUGCUGUACCUAUGAGCUUCUGGGUGUUGGCCAUGAUCCUGUCCAAUGAGGAUGUCCAUGCUGCUGUUAAGAAGGAGGUGCAGGACAAUCUUGGAUCACCAGGUGAUGAACCAAUCACUGAGGAGGAUCUGAAGAAGCUGCCCCUGCUGAAGCGCUGCAUCAUGGAGACCAUCCGCCUCAGGUCACCUGGGGUCAUCACCAGGGCUGUGGACAAACCACUGAGGAUCAGGAAAUACAUCGUACCUAAGGGGCACCUCCUGAUGAUGUCACCCUACUGGGCUCAUCGCAACCCUAACUUCUUCCCUGAACCUGACAAGUUCCUCCCUGACCGCUGGCUUGACGCUGACCUGGAGAAGAAUCUGUUUCUGGAUGGGUUUGUUGGCUUUGGUGGUGGAAGAUACCAAUGUCCUGGGAGAUGGUUUGCCUUGAUGGAAAUGCAGAUGCUUCUGGCCAUGAUGAUUCAGAUGUUUGACUUCAAGCUGCUAGGAGAAGUCCCUAAAGAGAGCCCGCUGCACGUUGUUGGUACCCAGCAGCCUGUAGGGCCCUGUCCUGUGGAGUGGACCAAGAUAUAAGGACACAAAGGACCCCACAAGGCCAGUUCUUCUGUGUAAUAUGUAGUUUUGGAGCCAUGUAAGUGGAACCAAAACUGGCCAAGAAAAUUCCAAAUUGUAAUGUCUUUGUAAGCAGUCCUGUAAGAAAACCUUUUUCCCUUGAUCUUGAAUGGUCAAAACAAGUCUUAAAUCUCUUUUCAAGAGUUUUAAUCAGGUUUGAUUUUGUUGCAGUUUGGUCAUACAAAAGGCUUAUCUUACUUCAAAAAGAGUUGAAAAAGCGCAUUUUACUAAUUGCAACAGCCUUUUCUAGAAACAUUUCAUCUGUGACUGUUGUACAUAAUUCAGUUCAGUACAUCUGGGUCAUUCUAUCCAUUCCAUUUUGAUGAUAAUAUUUUACCUCUGGAGCCUGAACAUUUUAACUGGAAUCUAUAUGACAAAUAGGCAAUUUCUGACAAUUCCAGAUUUCUUUAAUACAAACUUUUAUGGAUGUUGUUUAACUUUUUUAACACCUGUGCCACAGAACUUCACGUGGCCUUACUCAAGUUAACUGCCAGUUUCUGGUGCUAACAGUCACACUAACUUGUAUCACGAGGGUUACACUUGAUGCUGACUAUCAGAUGGUGAGACACUGCCUGACUUGUUAAGAAACGUUGGUAAGUUAAUUUCUCAAGGGCAGAGAAAUCUUGUAUUGUACAUGUACAUGUACUAGUUACAGUAUUUUCUUUAGUCUGAUGACAAUGUAUAUAAUUGCUAUUGAGAGUCAAUGAUACAGAUGAAUGAAAGAAUGAAUGAAUGGACAAAUGAAUGAAUGAAUGAAUAAGUGGACUGAUGAAGAUAAAACUAAUGUAAGAAAUACAGACUAAAACAAGCGAUCUCAAGGUGCCUAGGUUAUGUCUCACUUUAUUACUGUAAGAUGACCACCCUAUAAUAAUCCAUAUUUACCGGACCAAAUGUACAUGUACUAUCCCUGAAAAAAAAAAGAUGUCGACAAGGUCUUACAAACAAAUCAACAUCUUAGUGUGGCCUUACUUUUGACAUUCUCAAUAGCAAUGAUAGCUACAAUCUCACCUAGUAAGAUGUAACUUAAGUAAGGUCUAACAUGUGAAUGACCAUCUUAGUGUGGCCUUACUUCUCACAUUCUUAGUAGCAAUAACACUGUAACAAACUCACUUAGAUGUAACUUUGAAUAUGAUAUCAGUAAGGUUUAACAACUGAAUGACCAUCUAACUUCUGACAUUGUUAGUAAUACAGAUAUAGUAAUCUUCUUCGUCGUGUCAUCACUAAACUUUGACAUCUGAUAUAGUAAUGAAAUCACCAUAAGCCACACUUUAAUCUUCAUUCCUCAAUGUUGUGUGAACUCCGAUGUAUUUUGAACAUUUUUAAUGUGUAAUACUUCUACAAUUACUGCCACUUACAUUUGACUUUUGUUUCAAAAGAGUAUGUUGAGGGUUUGUGCAAUGCCUUGUAUUGUAUAUAUUAUGCACAUACUUUAUGUACAUGUCAAGUUAGGCCAAACCAGGGGAUAUGGUCUUUGUUGUAACAUCCUGAACUAAUGAUUGAUGAAUUCUAAUUGGAGUCGUUUUUCAAAGCACUGAAGGGCUUCUGUUUUUUAAAUGUGAUUGUUUCUGUUCAAAUGCACUUGCUGUAAUAAAAGUCUAUGAUACCAUG